AUGCUGCCACGUGGACGCGCCAAAGGUUCGCAUCUGAGGCAAGUUAGCACCCCAAGCAUUGCAACAGCUUCGACGGGGACGACCAAUCUGGAUCAAGACCGAGUAUAUGGGCCCUCGAAGACAAGUGCUACAGGCCUCAGCAAUCGUCCCUGCUCUCUAUGGGUUCAUGAUGAUAACUUCUCGAGAGAAGAUGUGCUAUUCAAUGUCGGUGCUUUUAGCGAUCUAGGGUUAAAAGCGGGAGAUCUUGUUGAGCUCUCUUCCCCCCGUCUUUCACAAGGGGACCACCAUGCAUCUUCAAACAGACUGGAUCCGAGUGGGAGAACGCUACGAGAUUCAGGUGAUUCCGAUCCAGGUUCCGACGCCGCUGCAAAGCGCGCUGCUGACCACAAGCCUCACUCCCCAGCCAAUCGAUGGUACCUAUUUCUAGUCAAACCGCUAUCGGCAGAUAUUAAAGCCAGGCACCCAAAUCUACAAAUUUCGAUCACAAGUAAUAUAGCCAAUAUUUUUGGAUUCAAAAACCACUCCCAGGCUUUGAUAUCUCUCAAAGAUCGGUCGCAGUGCACCGCUUCUCACGUGGAGCUCAUUUUUCGAGACCAGUUUCUGGUCCGAUCUGACAUGUGGAGGUUAGUCAUGUCAGAACUCGCAGAUAAGCCUGUCUAUAAGGGACAGAAGAUCGUAUUCAUGGGAACCAUCAAAGCAACGGUUAAGUCCAUAUAUAUCGACGGCAAAAAAGUGCCAUCUGGUUACUUUGCCCCGCAAACGAUACCAAUCUUUCGGAGCGAAUCUGCUCGAUAUGUCCUCUUCAUUCAAAUGUCGAAGGAGAUGUGGGACUUUGACUCCGAAGGUACUGGUGACAUUCUCUUUAGUCGGGUCAUCAAUAGCCUUCUGCCGGAACUCUUCAAACGUUGGGCUGGCAUCGAUGCCCACCAUCUGGUGACCAUUGUUUUAUUUACUAGAGUCCAGUAUGAUCUCUUAGCGGUAGAUAAUCUCGGCUCUUCUUUCCUCAUCAAUAACUUAAAUCGAACCACCCAUGAUUCCCGACUAGAGAGUCAGGAUUUCUAUCGCGUUGUGGUCAAUGAUAUGCCAAGUGGCAAGUGGACGGCAAUUUUAGAUGAAUUAAAGAAGGAAUUCAGGACUUUCCUCCGGGACGUGUCUAUCCCGCCAUCGCGCUUCCCAGACUCACCGACAUCGGCGGAAGACAUGCUCCCGGAAAAUCCGAAGCACCCUCCAAGUAUAUCUGGAAGGCCGACUUCUGCCCUGCGCGGGAAUAUAUUGGAAGCAAUAAAUAUUGCGUCAUCGUACUUGGCAUUUGAGCAUAUUGGUCGUGACCUUAUUAGGACAGGCACGUCAAUCGUUGUGAUAUCUCCUGGGACAGGAGUGUUUGAAGUCGCUUAUGAGGCACUAGCGUUGACUUCAGAGGUCCUCACAAGUCGUGCCAUUGGAAUUGAUCUGAUAUGCUUGAGUCCCAUGCCAUUGCAUUCAGUUCCACUAUUUAAGUAUCGCCUCCCGAGUGACCAUACUUCGAGGCCGGGUAGUUCUAUCUCCAGGGAUUCGCUCCUCCGUCCGUCCCCCUCCGAUUCUCACUUAUCUGGGAGCUUUUCGAGUAGAAUUUCCGGUCCUGGAUCGUCAAAUGCUACACUCGGACCUCUACCAAAACCAGCCCCGGUCGUUGACGACUGGCGUUACGGGAUUCCCCAUUGGAUUGACAUAUCCUAUUGGGAUCCGAAAAUUUACCGCGACAGACGAACCGCUGUGAAUAAAGUCACAAAAUCCCCUGCCGUAGGCACAAUGAAAAAGCAAACAAAUACCUUUAUUCCAAGGCUGACGUCCCGCCUUCAAAGGCGCUCUGGCUCAUAUGCAUCUCCGCACGGAUCGUAUAAAUCUCCGUUCACAGAGAGUGGGGCCGGAUCUUUGAUGUCAACUUUCAAGGAUUCGAAAAAGAAUAUUUUAUCCGUGCCUGCGACACAGCGAAAAAUGCUAGAGUGGAUGGAUUUUUAUGAUAACUCAAUCUUUCAUACAACUCCCACAGAGCGAAUGGUACGAAGAGCUUCAAAGGCUAAGCGCGUUGAUUUUGAGACACCAGGAUCUCGGGUAUGCGAACAAGAGUCCAUACGUUUCUCGACGAGUUCAUUGAAUCGCUCUGGCAAGUUUUCAACGAACCCCAGUAAUAGCCACCGGCGGCCAGAAGAUGGAAAGUCAAACUUUCAGAAAGUAGCCCCAGCUGAACGGAUACCCUUCAAAAAGUCAAGCAUGAAAACAGCAUCGAAGUCCACCAAGCCACGGAUUUCCCGGUCGAUUAGCUUUGCUUUACGCGGGCUAGGCCCAACUCCACCCCGAGCAAUUGCAAGUACGGAAAUUAAUAACGAACAUGCCAAGGGCCUGUCAACGACAAGUAAGAAACUGCUUAGUGCUGCAGAACAACCCUCAAACGCCAUCAUCAAUUCGCCUAUAUCAGAUAGCGUUUCCAGCCCUACCUUCAACACCGCAGAGCUCCCUCUGGUAAAUGUUACGCCUUCUACAGAGAACGCAAAUACUACUCCUUCAAAACCCAUUUCAAUCCGAAUCGCGAAUAAAAAAACGAUGGACGAGCAUAAUAUGGGCCCCAAUGAAGUUGAUGGCUCAUUUUCAACUACCUCAACAGAAGUGCCUUUCGAUCGAGGACCGAAUGAAGAAAUCCAUGGGCCAUUCCCAAUGACCCGUACGGGUCCCAGGUUUGGUUUAACUCAUAAUGCGAGCCAAGAUGAAGCACCUAUUGCUUUAUCUCCAACGAAGGCGCUGUCUCCAUGGAUUUUACCUGUUAACCCGUGCAAACCACCUAAACGUGGACCCACGCGAUCCAGUUGGUUCGGUCGCUGGCAGCAUGUCUAUCCGCGGAUGCCAAGCACGGCGUCUGUAAAGUGGAAGAGCCUAAAGUCGCCGGCAAUUCUUCCACUGACAACAGAGGAAUUUCCCACAAGCGAAGAACUCGCUUCUCAGUAUUUUCAGACCCCGUACAGAGUCUACCAAAAUGACGAGUCCGAUUUCGCAGAAACGCCUAGAACCCGAGAGGCACUUCUACGUGAAAUGGUGGCAUUGCGCCUUGCCCAUGGUUUCCAGAUCGACGUUGGGAAGUUAGUUAACGAAGCAUCAGGCCAGCAUUCACUAGGAUCGCUAAAUAUAUUCAACACCCGCUCAUUAUCCAAAGAUGGGACGACCAUUUUUAUGUCUAUGGGCAACAUCAUCCACAAGUUGGUUUGUGUUGCCGGAGGGGAGAUAGAAGUUACAAAAUUCACACGUAAAACGGUGACCGAUUUCCUUUCUAACGCAAAGGCUUUUGCAUUCAAUUACACUCCUGUCGUUAAAACAAUAUUGAGUGCAAACUAUUGCAAAAAUACUAUAAAUUUGCAAUUACCUCGAGAAGAUUACAACUGGAAUUAUGCGGACGCUUUUCUGGCAGGCUAUCGGGACCACUUAACCAAUUGCGCGGAACAACUUCGUUUCUGGCGCACGCGUUUCGUUCUGAUACCCGUUCAGAUACCCGCAAACGCAAGACGCCCAAUGCAGUCAUAUAAAGAGGAUAAUGAAGAGGAAAUUCAUCUUCUUGGCAUCACUCAACUCACUCAAAUAUGGCAAAAGUAUCGGUAUGUUCCGCCAGAGGAAAAACGACUGCAGGCACCGACUUACAAAAAGGACCAAAACCCAUUGAAUAUUAUAUAUCAAACUAGCAAUCCGUCUGAGGUUGUUGCUGCUGAACUUGAUAGACUGUUGCUUGAUGAUCCACAUCUUGAUAGUCCUUCUCUACAAUUGCUACCAGAAUCCGAAUUACUUCAACGAUCCAACAUUAGUCUUGCUGUCUUGGCGCAGGCUAUACAGGGCGAGAAGGGGGUGAGGAUGAUGGAUAGAAGAUGGCAUUGGCGUCUUCAUUAUAACUGCUUUGUUGGAUUAGAGCUUACUACUUGGAUGCUGCAAAAUUUCCGCGAUAUCGAUACUCGCGAGGAGGCAGUUGAGUUUGGAAAUGAGUUGAUGAAGCAUGGGCUUAUUUGUCACGUCCAGCGAAGGCAUAAUUUCAGAGACGGCAAUUAUUUUUACCAGAUCACCGAUGAAUAUCGCAUAGCUCGGCCAGAAUCUCGAAGCGGUUGGUUCCAGGCUCGAAAAUCGGUUCCUAACACUCCCAUGGGAGAGGGUGUAGCUCAGACUGCCCAGGACAAAGCAGAUAACGGGGCGGGAGAGACUGACAGUAGGGCCAACACGCCUACCCAGGGGAAAUCUCCGAGAACAAAAGCCUCAGUGUGCCUGUCAAAGUCUAUGAAGAUUGACGUCGACACUCGUAAGCGUUCAACCCGCCCUGAAACAAUUGAGCUUCACUAUGACCGGCUUCACAAUCCCGACAAUUGCUUCCACAUCGAACUCAGUUGGAUGAACGCAACGCCCAAGCUUGUGGAAGAUGCAAUUGUAUCGUGGGCUGCAACCGCGGAAAAGUUCGGUCUCAAACUAGUUGAAUUACCGAUAUCUGAGGCUUCUUCCAUCGUCGAAACCCAAGUUUUCCGGCGCCCAUACCCAGUCAAGCUAGCAAUUGAACCCCCAGACAGCCCAUCGCCCAACGUUUAUAGCUCCACCUUAUUCGGAUCUCAAGGCAUAGCCGACCGCCACUUCUAUCACAAGGCAAUCCUGAAAAAGUUUGACUUCGUCCUUGACUUUGAAGCUAUACACUCUUUCCCUCCGGAUGUAAACGUGUCAUAUUCCUGGGGUCGACUGGACUAUCACCUCCCCCAGUAUGUCCACCGAACCGGUGCCGUCCUCGCUCAGAUUACAAAUGACGGCUGCUUCCUUCUGCUCGCGAACCGACUCUACAGCGCUCGAGGACCUGUCGCCAAGGAACCUGGGCGUUUCGACAGAAGUGAGUUCUACCGCCCCCGUGCUGCAACAUAUGAUGCCUUGGACCGUGGUGGCUCGCCGCAUUUAUCGCCUGCAGUCCGCGCAUCACUUGACACCUCAUCCGGGCCUGUUCCCCAGUCUGAACUUCCCUCUUCCUAUCGAAUUACUAGGGAGAUCGGAGCAGAGAUUAGAGCCUUCUGUAAUGAUGUCGAGCGGCUGCAGAAAUUCUACAAGGACGCAGCGGUUCACGCAAAACCUACUUCAUCCAAGGUUACCCCGAGUGCACCAUCUACGAUGGAUUCGUCCAUUCCGACCUUAGAACUGCCGGCCAGCCUUGUUGCGCGGCACGUUCCUUCACCACCAAUUAUGGAAGUUCAAGAGACAGGUGCGGUGUCGAUUGAUAACAGGAUGCAGAUCUGA